AUGCCAUCCAAACAGCAGCGCUCUAAGAAAGCUUCGUUGAGCAGUUCUCAGCCACCAUCAAGCUCGACUAGCAAAGGAGGCACACAGACCGCCAAUCUUGUGGCGGAAAUUUCCAAAAUAUGUCGAAGAUGGAGCUUUAGCAUAAUUGUACUCAACCACGAUCCAGCCAUAGAAAAUAUGCUUAUUGCCCUUUCGGAGAAGAUCCCAAUGGAUUUCUCAGAUCUCCUUGAGAGCGACAAACGGGGCCGUAGCAUAGUCAUCUCAGGCUUGGAGGACGGGCAGGGUGGUCUUCAGCCAUCAGUGCGUCAAAGGGAUCUUGAAGUUUUCAGGGUUUUGGAUGCAUUGGAUGUGGAGUGCCGCCCGGUUGAAAUGUAUUGCAUGGGUGAGCCGAAACCGAAACGCCCUAUCCUUGUCAAAGUGGUCUUACCAUCUCGAUUGCAUUGGCGCCGUGUCAUCGCCAGUGCACGUCUACUACGAGAAGCUGGGCUGCCGAAUGUUUUCUUGCGUCGGAGCAUGACUGAGGAUGAGAAGAAACGGGAAUAUGAGCUACGACAAGAAGCUCGGGAGCGUAAUAAGGGUAGUGGCUCUCGUGAUUGGGUUGUUCAUCAAGGCCAACUCAAGCGAGCUUCCGAAUUGCCACACAGACGGUCGGGAAACCACUUACGCUGCAUGGUAAUUCUGUGCUUUCUUGUCAAUUACUAA